GGGGGCGGCGGCGGGAUGGGCAACCAGGAGGGCAAGGGUCGGCGCGGCCCGGCGGGGCCCGAGGGCGGGGAGGCCGCGGGGCCCUGCGGGGCGGCCGAGCCGGGGCCGGGGCCGGGACCGGGGCCGGGGGCCGGGGCCGGGGCCGAGGGGGGCCGGGCCCGGGCCGCGGGAGGCAAGAAGAGCCGCUCGGACGCGCGGGGCUCCGUCUUCUCCAACCUGCGCAUCCGCAAGCCGCUGGGCCGGGCCAAGGGCGCGGCCGGCCGGGGGGGGGCCCGCGGCCCGGAGGACGGCCCGGCGGCGGCGGCGGCGGCGGGGGGGGGGGACGACGAGGAUGCCCCGGACGAGGCGGGCCCGGGGGGCUCCGGGGGGUCCCCCUCCCCGCCCCCGCCCCCGCCCCCGGACGGCCGGAGGCCCAGCUCGGGGUCGGAGCCGGACCUCUACAGCUUCCACUCGGCCGCCGAGCAGGAGGACCUGCUGUCCGACAUCCAGGAGGCCAUCCUGCUGCGGAGGGUACCUCGGAAUCUCGUUUCUCCUCCUCCGGACUUAAAAGAUCCUGUCUACCGCUUCUGUGGGCGCACCCUCUUGGAGAAGCUGUUCAGCCAGCAGGAGAAUGCUCCCCCGGAAGAGGCGGAGAAGUUCUGCUCCCGGAUCCUCGCCCUGGGCCUGCUCCUGCCGUUCAGCGACUGCUUCCGGGAACCCUGUCCUCAGAGCGCCCACGCCCCAGCCGCCACCUUCGACCAAGACCAGCUUUACACCUGGGCGGCAGUGAGACAGCCCCCGCACUCGCUGGAUUUCCUGCAAGAACAGCCGCCCUCCGACGCCGCUCGACAGCCCCGACCUCCUGAAGCAGUGGAUGCUGAAGAGUGUCAAGGCGCGGAUCCGGAGACGCGGCGGCUAAGCCCUGAAUCCGUCUGCCCGACGGAGGGAUCCCCGGAGCCGAAGGCCGAGGAGACGGAGAGCACCCGGGUGAUCCAGAAGCUGGAGAGGACCAUCGAGCACUUGAAGACGAAGCUAGCCCAACUGGAGCGGCGGCAGCCGCGGCGGCAGACGGCCGCCGCCCCCUGCCCCUCGGCGGCCGGAGACCCCCCGGAAGGGGACGGGGACCUCCCGGGGGGAGACUCGGACCGGCCGGACGCCCCCGGGGCCGAGGGGCCCGCUCCGGCCCGGAGGGUCUUCCGCGCGCGGUCGGCGCAGACCUCCCCGGCCGGAGAGGAGCCCCCCGGCCCGCCCCCGCCGGCCCCCCAGACCACCUUUUGCUCGGAGAUCUCCCUGAUCGUGUCCCCCAGGUUGAUCUCGGUGCAGCUGAACGCCAGCCGGCCCCCGCCGCCCCCCGGGGCCCCGGGGCCCGCUCCCUCGCCUCCCGCGGCCGCCCCGGGCCUCGUCCCUCCCCCGCCGGGCACCGCCUCGCCGCCCCCGCCGCCGCCGCCUCCUCCUCCUCCUCCGCCUCUGCCGGGCGCCACGAUGCCACCGCCGCCGCCCCCUCCGCCCCCUCUGCCGGGUACGGCGAUACCGCCGCCGCCGCCCGCUCCGCCGGGCGUCGUGAUCCCGCCGCCGCCCCCUCUGCCGGGUGCCACGCCGCCGCCUCCGCCGCCCCCUCCGCCCCCUCUGCCGGGUGCCACGAUGCCACCUCCUCCGCCCCCUCUGCCGGGCGCCGCGAUGCCGCCGCCGCCGCCCCCUCCGCCCCCUCUGCCGGGUACGGCGAUGCCGCCUCCGCCGCCCCCUCCGCCCCCUCUGCCGGGCGCCACGGCGCCGCCUCCUCCCGCGCCGCCGUUGCCCGGUAUGGCGAUACCCCCAUCCCCUCAUUUGCCCCCUCCCCCUCCGCCUCCGCUGCCCGGAGCCGGCCCCCCGGCCCGGGGCCCGGGGCCGCCCCCCUGUCCGCCGCUCCAGCCGGGCGGCUUCCUCCCGCCGCCGCCGCCCCCCGGCCUGUCGGCCGCGGGGCCGAGCCAGGAGCGGGGGAGUCGGAAGCGAGCCAUCGAGCCCUGUCGACCCAUGAAGCCGCUCUACUGGACGAGGAUUCAGCUCCACGGCAAAAGAGAUCCGAGCACUUCCCUGAUUUGGGAAAAGAUCGAAGAACCGCCGAUCGACUGGCACGAGUUUGAGGAGCUGUUUUCUAAGACGGCGGUGAAGGAGAGAAAGAAGCCGCUCUCCGACACCAUCACCAAGUCCAAGACGAAGCAGGUUGUCAAGUUGUUAAGCAACAAAAGAUCCCAAGCGGUUGGAAUAUUAAUGUCUAGCCUUCAUUUAGAUAUGAAAGAUAUACAGCAUGCUGUGGUGAACUUGGACAACUCGCUGGUUGACCUGGAGACCCUUCAAGCCCUCUAUGAAAACAGAGCCCAGUCGGAUGAACUGGAAAAAAUAGAGAAGCAUGGGCGAUCGACGAAAGAAAAGGAAAACGCCAAGUCUUUGGAUAAGCCUGAACAGUUUCUCUACGAACUGUCUCUGAUCCCCAACUUUUCCGAGCGGGUGUUCUGCAUCCUGUUCCAGUCGUCUUUUUCGGAGAGCAUCUGCUCCAUCCGCCGCAAACUCGAGUUGCUGCAAAAGUUGUGCGAGAUGCUGAAAAAUGGGUCAGGGGUCAUGCAGGUCCUUGGCUUGGUGCUGGCCCUGGGCAACUACAUGAACGGUGGGAACAAGGCCCGGGGACAAGCCGACGGCUUCGGCUUGGACAUUCUGCCCAAGCUGAAGGAUGUGAAGAGCAGCGAUAACAGCAGGAGCCUCCUUUCCUACAUUGUGUCGUAUUAUCUCCGCAACUUCGACGAGGACGCAGGAAAAGAACAGUGCACGUUCCCUCUCCCUGAGCCUCAAGACCUCUUCCAAGCCUCCCAGAUGAAGCUCGAGGACUUUCAGAAGGACCUCCGAAAGCUCAAGAAAGAUUUGCGAGCGUGCGAGACCGAGGCGGGGAAGGUGUACCGGACGUCCUUGGAGGAGCACCUUCAGCCUUUCAAAGGGAGCAUGGAGCAAUUCCUCAGCCAAGCAAAAAUCGACCAAGAAGCUGAGGAGAACUCCCUGUCGGAGGCUCAUAAAUGCUUUUUGGAAACGGCGGCCUACUUCUACAUGAAACCAAAAAUGGGAGAGAAGGAAGUUUCUCCCAAUGUGUUCUUCAGCCUCUGGCACGAGUUCAGUUCCGACUUCAAGGACUCCUGGAAAAGAGAGAACAAACUUAUUCUCCAGGAAAGGGUGAAAGAAGCAGAGGAAGUGUGUAGACAGAAGAAAGGGAAGUCUCUUUACAACAUAAAGCCGAGACACGACUCGGGAAUAAAAGCGAAGAUCAGUAUGAAGAUCUGAGCCCAGACCAGGAGAGCUGCAACCCACCCGGUCCUCCCGCCAGGGAAGGCGACCGCGUCUCUCUGCCCACCGGGACUCCCGACUCGCUGGCGGUGAUGUCCACCACCCUACAUCGACUCGCCGGGGGCCGAGAGAGAGGGACUCGGCAGCCGUACGGAAAAGCCAAGUCGCCGAAGGAAAGCCCUCUGGCCUCCACGUGCCCUCUGCCCUCUCCGUUCCCUCUGCCCUUCCCGUUUCCUAUGUCCUUCUGUUCCUUCUUGUUUCCUAUGCCCUUCCAUUCUGUCUGCCCUUCCCAUGCCCUCUGCCUUUUCUAUUCUUUCUGCUCUUUCCGCACCCUCUGCCCUUCCCGUGCCUUCUGCCCUUCCGGUCUCUUUGCCCUUCCUGUCUCUCUGCCCUUCCAGUCCCUCUGCCCUCCCCUGCCCUCUACCCUCCGCCCUGCCUACAUCUUCCACCCUUCCCGUUCCCUCAAACCCCCUCUAAAGAUGGCGAUGGGUGCAGGGGACGAGGUAUGCGGCAUCGCCGGCUAUUUUGCCCCAGCCAGCCUCACCCGGGGCAAGACAUUCCCCAGAAGCCCUCGGUGCACAACCCGGCCGCUCCCCUUCCCCGUGGAGCACAGUGUCUUCCUGGGGGCCGUCGGGCAUCCUUCCUUUCACGUCCGCGUCGGUGUUCCGUAUUUUCCAUCCCCGAGUGCUGUUGACACGGUAUAAUCAGUGCUUUCCCAGCUAUUUGGUUGCCCUCCAUGGUUGAACAUUUGUGGACCCAGAUGCUUAUCCUCUCUAUUGUUCAAGCGAGUGAGGGCCAGAGAGAGACUAAGGGGAGAAAGAGAAGAGAGCAAGGAAAGGCAAAACCCCUUGGGAGUAGCCGUGGGGCUGAAGCGGAAUCGGGAGUUUUCCGGUCAGCGAGGGUCCCUGUCUCCGUCCCGAGUGUCCUGAUCCAUUGACAGAAGUGGAAUUUGGAAGGAUCCCGUCCGCCCCUUAUGUACUUGCAGCAACCUGGAUCUUCCCCUUUCCAAAUCCCAAGGAGUUUUCUCCAGCGGCAUACUGAAAGCCAGGUGAGCACGCGAGCGAGAUUUGAGCCGGGAGCGGCCUUCAUUUGAUAAAUCAACCAAAGAGUUUGCCGUGGACGAAUAAUUCCGGAGGAUGAUUUCCAUUCAUCAGCAACAACGUUUCCCGACCUCUCGAGUGGGAAGGGCCGUCCACUUCGACACUUCAACGUGAACACGUCCAACUGAACGGAUUCUAAGCCCGCUCUUCGCUCAGCCCCCGUCCUCUCCCGUGAAAAAUUCCCUUUCAUUUUUUGGAUGGAGUAGAACUUUCUAGGACUAGUGCAGAACAACCAGAUGUCUCCCACAAGCUGAACUUGAAGCUCUGAUGACCCACGAUGAAAUGAAUCGCUGCAUGAUUUGAAAUCCGACCCAGUCCGGUUUAUUUAUUUUUUUUAACCUCUCUUGGUUUCGGGCGCUACGGACUGGAAGAGAAAUGUCCACCCCAGCCCCCGGCUUUUAUAAGGUGGUAAUAUGACAAGUGACUUGAAGGAAGUAACGUGAGAAUGUGAUAAUCUGAUGUUUAUUACCGGACAAAGUUCUAGAAAAAGUUCAAUUUUUGUUUCUUUUGUUUUAACAGAGGAAAGAAAAGAAUAAUAAUUCGAGCCUCCGUCCUUCCGACAGAGCUAAGUAAAAUUCAGCGAUGUGCUUGUACUUUAUCCUGGCAGCCUUAGCCCGACCAAUAAUUGAUUUCUGAAAAAAAAUCAAAACCCAGUGUGGUGGAUUGGAAAUAACGCGAUUUUCCAGGGGAGAGGGAAUUUGAUUUCGGGUCCGAGCCAACAUCCGCAAAGCAACUUAAAGUCAGACCUACUUCAGGGGCACGGAUUCAUCACCACGUUGGUAUUUUUGUCGAAUAUCGAAGGAAGCUCUCAAAGUUUUGCAUUUAUCUCAGUUGCAAAACGACAGCUGCAUGUGUUUGCCGGAAGCCCAUUCUGUUUCCCCUCCAGAACCUCCGAUGUGUAUAAUACCGUACUGCAGUGACGUAAUAGGACACUUAACAAAGACCGCUAUGUGCAAUAUUGUAUUUAGUGUUUCUAUUUCAAUUUUUUUGUAGAAUGUUAAUUUAUAUGAAAAUAAAACGAAUAAUGAAAAUCG